UACAAAAUUGCAAUCUUGCCUUACCAAAAGAUAUCACUCGGGAGCAUUUCUACGACCGUGGUAGAAUUAAAAAAAAUAAUGAACUUUGGACCUUGCCAUAUAAUUUAUCGGAACUGAUUCAGAUUCACAUUCACCGUGACCUCGUUUCCAAAUAUAUCAACAUUUUGGUCAAAGAGGUGAAGUUUGUUAAAAUAUUUCUUGAUAACAUAACGUGAGAUGAUAUUAUGAACUAGCGCAGAAAUCUCGAUAGUGAUUUAACAAGUGAAUAUGGGUGUUCGAGAGAUUUUUCACUUUGUGGCUGCCGUACAUUUUUGGGGUGGAUGUUAUUAUGAUUGGAAUUACGUGAAGAUCCCAGCACACGUUCAUAAUAUGGGAGAAUCUUUCGGCUUCAGUGGCAAGCUAAAAUUCUUAACAUACUGGAAUGCGCUCCUUCAAGCAACAUUCUUCACCGUUUGUCUUUUGAACGACUUCAUUGGCACCAAUGAAAAUAUACCAAAAAGGAUUCCUUUAAUUAGAAAAGUCAAAGAUACGCUGAUGACAAGUUUAGCCCUACCCCUCUCGCUGUUUGUUGCCUUGACUUUCUGGGGAAUAUAUUGCAUAGAUAGAGAGCUGAUCCUGCCAAAAGCAAUAGCACCCUACUUUCCUGACUGGCUCAAUCACUUGAUGCACACCAACAUAGCAAUAUUCAUUUUGAUAGAGCUCUUCAUAUCUUUCAGAAAGUACCCAACGAGGAAACAAGGACUGAGGGUGCUGUGCAUCUUUAUGUUGAUCUAUCUCGUGUGGGUCCAUGUCAUAAACUACUACACUGGUUUUUGGGUUUACCCAAUUUUAACAGUUCUAAAUGUACCAUCACGGAUAGUCUUCUUUGCUGUGCUUUUAAUUUUUAUAGUAUUAUUAUAUAUUGCAGGUGAAACUUUGAAUAAUUUAGUGUGGAGAAAGCAACUGAAAGCUUUGAAAAUGUCUUAAGAAAUUUCGUGUGGUUAAUGUAGUACAAAUUUGCAGUGACAAUAAUUACCUUGUCUACAUUCUGAUCAAUUUUUAGUAAAAUUAUUCGAAAUUAGUGGAAUAAGUAGCAACUGAACAAAUUUUUAAUUUAUUGUAUUUUAUGUGGAUAGCAAUGAAUUUGACAAUUGUUUUUGUCACUCAGCUUAUAUUAAAUUGAUAUUAUUUUAAAUAGGUGGGAAGGUAUGAAUUUGCACUUUUAUAGUCGAAAAAAUACAAUUUUUUAUCACUGUU